AUUAAGGCCUAAUAAUAAAUUCUAGAACGUUUUAUCAUACCUUUUCUCAUGUUGGAUUAAGUUGAAAAAAAUGACAUCCAUGCGCGGUCUGCGCGGCAACAGAUCCAAGUCGUACGACUCGCUCGAUAACGACGUGAAUGACGUCACGAAUGCGUUCAGUGACGUAACAACUCGAGACGAUGUCGAGAUAACCAAACGUUCGUCAAAUAAGUCGAAGACUAACGCGUUCCGACGCAGGAUAUUCGGGAAGAAAUUAGUGUUCAAAGCGGACAACCUAACUCAAACGGUGGAAAGCAACGGCAAAACUAAGCUUAAUUCGAAAAAAGGUUCCUCCAAAAGCAAUGAUGACCGAAGCCUUCCUCAUCACGAGGUCGAAAACCCGUUCAACAAUAAUUUUUUGAUUGAACCCGAGUCUCGCGGUUGCCACAAAACAGAUGACAACACCGCGGGCGCAAUUGACAACACCGAUGGACGGGAUCAUGCUGACUCCAGCGCCUCCCAAUUGAGUUUCGGCAGCGAAAAUGGAGAAAAAUGUGACAAAUUCAUGACAGAAACUCCGAGGUCUUUAUCCAUGUCGUCGCUGCCUGAAGAUUCAGACAAUUCACAAGACUUCGACGACGACAAGUUCUAUGUGAAGAAAGGUGGCCAUUUUGGCGUCAAAUUCGAAAAGAAAGCCAGUCUAGGGACAAGUAAACAGAAGCGGCAACCUAAUGUUACCAACAGAAAUAGGUUGUCGGAUGGGUUGAAUCAAUUGAAGAAAAAUGUUGAACAGGUUAGAAACCCGAACUUGAAGUCGCCCAAGUUCCAAAAUUUUAAAGCAGUUUUCGGUAGAAGCAGCAAAGAUAAAGACAAAGAUAAAAGCGUUGACGUUCACACUGACGCUCAACAUGGCAGUCGUUUGACGAUUAAAAAUGGAGAUGAUUCAACAGAAGAUGGCGGCCAAAGGAAUGGUUUUACCCCUCCAAUGCAAACCGAUCAUUUGGAAAGCGAGUCCGAAAAGGCCAAAAAGACUAAAGUGAAAUCCAAUGGCUUCUCAUCUAAAAUGAAAGCUGCGUUUGCCUCUAUUUCCCCCACGAAGACACCACCGCCACCUAACGCCAGAUCCACCGAGCUGCGCGAUGCCAAACUUGAAGACGAGUUCGAUUUCGACGCCAAUUUCUACUCGUGCCUUGAAAACGUCCGAAACGACGAGUUCCCUGCCAACGACAGCACGUCUUCCAGCCAUGCCAGCAGCCAUAUCACCAAACAGAGUGUAUCGAAGAGUAAAAAUAAUGAAUCUGAAAUGCCUAGUGCUUCCUCAGACCAUCUGAGCUUCGAAACUUCAAGAUGUAGCGGUGGACUUAGUGAUUUCUCAUGUGACCCUUUUACUGCCGAUUAUCUUCAGCCUUUUGAUGCUUCUUCUUCGAGCAACUUUGAAUCUUUCGACGAUAAUUUCUGUGCUGUACCGUCCACUAACCUACUUAAAUCGUCGUCUGCUAGUCUAAUUCAUUCCUCAAACACUAGUCAAACUAACCCAUUCACUUCUAGUCAAAUGAAUCCAUUUACUGCAAGCCAUAUAAACCCAUUCACUGCCUGUCAAAUUAAUCCAUUUUCAGCCACUGUAAUUGACCAGUCGCCUGAACAUGCAACUUCCAAUAAAAAAAUUCAAUUUCUGAUGACCUCCUCGCCUGAAGGGGGUAACACUGGUGCCAGUGCCGCCUCUACUCCCUCUCUUCCCGAUUUCAUGAAACCUCAACCAAAAGCUCCCGAUGGAAAAGAUAAAUCAGGUUGUGCAUCAGAUGAAAAAGCAACACACUCUUCCCCUACUGACGUGGCAAACAUUACUUCCAUGAAUGGCAGACUUUCCAAGUCAAUCUCAACGUACGGCUUCAUCGAGAACUCCUUCGACAUGACCAACCUCGACAACGUGCCUGAUGGUCUACCAGGAACAAAAGAGUUUCGGGAAACGGAGCUCCCAACUUCUCGUAGAUCCCCAACCGAAAACCUACUAUCAGGAAAACCGCUCCCCACCAAAAAACACCAGCAAAGGAACCUGUUAUCGGCUUCAAGUUCCAAUUUACUGGAGUUGACACCUAAGUUUGAUAGGAACAAGAUCGCGGGGUCGUUAAUGGACUGUUCUCGGCUGGACGAGGAGGCGGACGACGGGGCCGGCAUCUCCCGUCCACACCGUCCCAAGAAAAAAAUGUUGGCACUGGAGGACAGGGCGACGCAACUGACGGUGGGCGGCAGCAGGAGGACCAUGGGCGCCAGCGACCACCUCCCUGAGGAGAUCUCCCUGCUGGGUGACAAGCUACCUGCGUUGAUUAUGGCGCCUGUGGUCGGCGAGAAUGCAGACGCCGAAAAAAG